GUGCUUUUCCUGAUCGUCCAGGUGCUCAUGCUGCUGCUUCAGGAGUUCUCGCUGCUGCUUCAGGUGCAGCUCUUGCUGCAUCAGGUGCUCUUCCUGUUGCUUCUGGUGCUCGCCCCUCUGCCUCAGCAACCCCCCCCGCUCCUUUCCCUCCCCCAAUCAUGUUGCCCUCCCCUUGCGCCUGCACCACUGCCCUACCCACCUUGGCAACAAGGGAAUGGGCAGGGCGGGAAUGGUUCACUCCAGCCUCGUCCUCCAUCACAGCAUCUGCUCCCUCCUCCCUCCUACCUUCUCCAACCGUGCCGAACCCCUCCUCAAGCUGCAUCACCGCUGCCUCCCCAACACUGCCCUCCCCCCUGGGUGGAAGCAAUGGUGUUGCUCCUUCUUCUAUCCCCUCCGUCUCCAACCGUGCCGAACCCCUCUUCAAGCUGCAUCACCACUGCCUCCCCAACGCUGCCCUUUCUCCAGGAUUCUCUUUCCUCUUCCCCCCUCCCUUCUCCAACUGCAACGCUCUCUUCCUCGAGCGGGAUCACAGCCCUUUCCACGCUGCUCUCCCCCACGCGGCUCUCUGCCCUUCCCACGUUUUCCCUGCUUCUGAGUGGGAAGGCAUGUGACACCCACCACUCUUCGCCCCGCUCCUCCUCCCUCCUUCCCUCUUCGUCCCUCUCCUCCUCCCUCCUUCCCUCUUCGUUCCUCUCCUCCCUCCUUCCCUCUUCGUCCCGCUCCUCCUCCCUCCUUCCCUCUUCGUCCCUCUCUUCCUCCCUCCUUCCUCUUCGUUCCUCUCCUCCCUCCUUCCCUCUUCGUCCCUCUCCUCCCUCCUUCCCUCUUCGUCCCUCUCCUCCCUCCUUCCCUCUUCGUCCUCUCCUCCCUCCUUCCCUCUUCGUCCCUCUCCUCCCUCCUUCCCUCUUCGUCCCUCUCCUCCCUCCUUCGCUCUUCGUCCCUCUCCUCCCUCCUUCCCUCUUCGUCCCUCUCCUCCCUCCUUCCCUCUUCGUCCCUCCUUGCCUCCCCGCAACGUUGAUUCCUUGCAUGCUGCAGCCUCUCUCCUCCUCUCCCCCUCUCUGUGCAAUGCUUCAUUCUAGAAUGUCGCACCAUGUAGUCUGGGCGCUUGAAGGUUCGAAAGCAGUGGGGAUGAGGGCACGGGUGCUGGGGUUUGGGGGGGUUGGAGGGAAGGGGGGGUUGGAGGGAAGGGGGGGGUUGGAGGGAAGGGGGGGGUUGGAGGGAAGGGGGGGGUUGGAGGGAAGGGGGGGGUUGGAGGGAAGGUGGGGGUUGGAGGGAAGGGGGGGGUUGGAGGGAAGUGCAAGGGCACUGGUGGUUUUGUGA